UCGCCGAUGCCCCGCUCCCGCACACUACGUGUGGCCAUUUCAACGCUGUUUGAAAAGCUCUCCUGUAACUCAGCUGUAAACACCUCAUGAGACCUCUACCGUUGCUAAUGUAACAUUUCAUAGUAAAGAUAGCAUGCAAACAGUCUCACAAUGUUGCUCCAGGACUGUUUUGCGGGAGAAAUCAUUGUGUUUAAAAGCCUCCUUCAACGUUGUAUCACCUGUUGGCCUCAAACAAUGUUUCCCUUCCCUCCUGAGACUGUGGGGGACUGUGUGCUUCACAUUUCUAAGAGAUUAUGAAUGAUGUCAUCAAGAAGGUGAAGAAGAAGGGAGAAUGGAAGGCACUGAUCGUGGACCAGCUGAGCAUGAGGAUGUUGUCGUCCUGCUGCAAGAUGACCGACAUCAUGACAGAGGGCAUCACCAUCGUGGAGGACAUCCUGAAGCGACGAGAGCCUCUUCCCAGCCUGGAGGCCAUUUACCUGAUUACACCCACAGAGAAGUCUGUCCACACCCUCAUCGCAGACUUCAAAGACCCUCAUUCAGCUAAAUACAAGGGAGCCCAUGUUUUCUUCACUGACUCCUGCCCUGAUCCUCUCUUCAAUGAGCUGGUGAAGAGCCGCGCUUCCAAAACCAUCAAGACUCUGACGGAGAUCAACAUCGCCUUCCUGCCCUACGAGUCUCAGGUAUACUCUCUGGACAAUCCAGAUGCCUUCCACAGUUUCUACAGCCCCCAUAAGACCCAGCUGAAGAAUCCGGUGAUGGAGAGGCUGGCUGAUCAGCUGGCCACGCUCUGUGCCACCCUGAAGGAAUACCCUGCUGUCAGAUACCGAGGCGAGUACAAGGACAACGCCACCCUGGCCCAGCUGCUUCAGGACAAACUGGACGCCUACAAGGCUGAUGACCCAACUAUGGGAGAGGGUCCAGAUAAGGCUCGCUCACAGCUGAUCAUCCUGGACAGGGCGUUUGACCCCGUCUCUCCUGUCCUGCAUGAGCUCACCUUCCAGGCCAUGGGCUACGACCUGCUGCCCAUCGAAAACGACGUCUACAAGUAUGAGACCAGUGGCAUCGGAGACUCCCGUGAGAAGGAGGUUCUGCUGCACGAAGACGAUGACCUGUGGGUGAGCCUGAGACACAAACACAUAGCUGAGGUGUCCCAGGAAGUGACGCGCCAGCUGAAGGAAUUUUCUGCCAGCAAAAGGAUGAACACUGGGGAGAAGACCACAAUGAGGGAUCUGUCCCAGAUGCUGAAGAAGAUGCCUCAGUACCAGAAGGAGCUCAGCAAGUACUCCACUCAUCUGCAGCUGGCUGAGGACUGCAUGAAGCAUUACCAGGGAACAGUGGACAAGCUGUGCCGUGUGGAACAGGAUCUGGCUAUGGGCACAGAUGCUGAGGGAGAGAAAAUCAAAGACCCCAUGAGGGCCAUCGUGCCCAUCCUGCUGGAUGCCAACGUCACCACGUAUGACAAGAUCCGCAUCAUCCUGCUCUACAUUUUCCUUAAGAAUGGCAUUACGGAGGAGAACCUGAACAAGCUGAUCCAACACGCUCAGAUCCCCCCUGAGGACAGUGAGAUCAUCACCAACAUGGCUCACUUGGGCGUCCCCAUCGUCACAGAUUCCACCCUGCGCCGAGGAAAGAAGCUGGACAGAAAGGAGCGUGUGAGCGAGCAGACGUAUCAGCUGUCCCGCUGGACACCACUGGUCAAGGACAUCAUGGAGGAUGCUAUUGAAGAUAAGCUGGAUACCAAGCACUACCCCUACAUCUCCACCCGCUCCUCCGCCUCCUUCAGCACCACUGCAGUCAGUGCUCGGUACGGCCACUGGCACAAGAAUAAGACACCCGGAGAGUACCGCACUGGGCCACGCGUCAUGGUCUUCAUCAUCGGAGGCGCGUCCUUCAGCGAGAUGCGCUGCGCCUACGAGGUCACGCAGGCCAAUGGGAAGUGGGAGGCCAUCAUUGGUGCCACCCACAUGCUCACCCCCACCAAAUUCUUAUCGGACCUGCAGCACCCCGACUUCCGAGAGUCCACUAGGGUGUCCUUUGAGGACGCAGAACCCACACCCGAGUGAGGCAGAGACAGAUUGGGAGGGAGGGAGAGAGAAAUCACACUGAAAAAAGAUCGACCCACAUCUUCACCCCCACCAGCCUGCUGGAGCAGCUCAAGGCCAUGAACAAACCAGACGAGGAAGUUGCAAGCUAAGAUCCUCCAAUAACGUCUCUCUCCUCUUUACCGCUUAACCCCUACCCCCCUUUUCCCAAAAACCCAUCAUUGUGUAUGCAUCUUGCUUGAGAAGAAAAAUACAUCUUAGAUGAUAAAAAAAAAUAUGUUGUAUCAAAGAAUAACAAUGUUGCAAGUAUUCUCAUGUUUUACAAUGGAUGCAACUAAAUGAACUUAUUUAAAAAGGUUUAAAUAUCAGAACAGAAGGCCAUUUAAAACUGAAAGUACCAAAAUGUAAUAUUGUAUGCUAUGUUUUCCCUCGUUUGUUCCUUUGAGUUUGUCGGUGUGAGUUUUAUUGGAAGCGGGUCGAGGAGGGAUGUGCAGUUUGAGAGGUUGAUGUUGUAAAAGUCGGUCAACAUGCAAUAUAUAUAAAUAUAUUCAUCAGAGAGGAAUCCCCCUUGCCCAUUUGAGAUGUUCGUAUUCAGUAGCAUGCUUGGACUUGUGUGGACCGUUUAUGUGUUUGUAUCCAGUGUGGAUGUUCUGGGACCCGCAGAGUUGGCACUUUUUCCUAGACGUCGAGCUUGAAUGCUACACUGAAAACCUUUGUUUUGAGUAUCGAUGAAGUAGAAAUACUCUCUUUGAAACUAUUCCCAAAGCGUUCUACUCAACGGUCUAUCUGGAAACUUUAGCGACAAAGAAAAAACAUAUUUUGAUGGAAAUAUUGAACGGAGAAGCGGACUACGCUACAGGAGCGUAGACGUGUAUGUUUUUGAUAGUUUUUGGCCAUGAUACCAUUAUGUAUCCAAGCUAACCUCACAGUCUUCUGCAGGGAUAUUAGCGAGCUACUAGCCCACCGCGUGUCUGAUACUCAAAACAUAUAUUUUCAUUGAAGUAUUUGUUUAAAAACGCUCGUUUGGGCAGAAAUUGGAAAGAGAGAGUUCUGCAAAAAGCCAGAAUUAUCCCUCCUCCGGUUAACGAGACUGUAAAGUAUUUACUUGCCACAACCUUUUCCUUUCUCCAGAGAAACUCCACGUUUUAAUGUCGAAAAGGCCGUUGCUUGCUAAUAUGUAAUGAAUAAUCCUAAAAAGGGCCAGUUGUAUUUCAGUAUUGUAUUCUGUCAGAUUAAGUCUUAUCAUUGGUUAGUAACUAUGUUUAAUUGGGCCGUGCACUGAGUAGUGUUGCGUAUGGGCCAUAUGUUGCUGUUUUAGCGUCUCACUGUUGACUGGUGAUAUUUCUGACUGUGAAGUAGCGAUACCUUUCCUUUUAAAAAAUGUCAAUGUGAAGCCGCCGUGUUUGUGAUGUUUUAGCUGUAGCUGUUAGUGGUCAACACAGAAAAAUAACUAAUAUAUAUAUAUAUAUUUUUUUUUUUUGUCUGUUUCCUCCUCUGGUGCAAUGUAAAAUCCUCCAAUGGUGAAUGGCUUUUAUUUCCUCUUCCCUUCCCUCUUUCCUGGCCAAACAAGUUGUACAUUGCACUAUACUGCGUUUUCUGUGAUGCAAACGCUUGACUUUGCGUUCGUUUUCUUUUUUAUUAUAAUUUGCUGUUGUAUAGGGUUUACUCUGUUAAAUCAAUUGAUUUAUAUCAGAAUUAUUUAUCAGAGAAAAGAUAAUAGCGAUGCAUUAGUCCUAAAACGGUUUAACUUAUCGGGAUCGUAUGUUUGCGAGUGUUUAAGCACAAACAAAAUUUCCAUGUGUACCUAUGUACUAAGGCUGUCUAAUAAAUUGGCUUCCAUUACAUUAAAUAGUCUUUCUUUUCUUUUUUAAAACAGUAAAGUACAGACACCAAAUGUUAUUUUUCACCUUUAUUUGGCUCCUUAGGGACCACCGAAAAGAUUCCCUGCAAAAUAUUUUUUAGACCUACAGUUGGAAAAAAUGGU